AUGGACCUAACGGGCUCACUACCCCCCAUCACCCGCCUAUGGGCUUACUCAAGCAUUGCUCUUUCCCUGAGCGAACACAUCGGUCUCCUCUCCCGCUUCUCCCUCUUCUACUCACCCAGCCUAGCCUUCCUUCCCCCCAACCCCCAACCCUACCGAGCUAUAACUACCUUCCUCUACUUCGGACCGCUAGGCAUAGACUUCUUCUUCCACCUCUUCUUCUUCGUUCGCUACGCCCGCAUGUUGGAGGAGAACCACUACGCGGGACAUCCGGCAGAUUUCGCCUGGUUGGUCCUAGUGUGCGCGAUCGGGUUGCUCCUCGUUGCGCCAGUUGUGGUGGCUGGGGUGCCCUUCUUGGGAGGGGCAUUGGCCUUCUGCUUGGUGUAUCUGUGGAGUCGCCGAAACAAGCACGUGAGGUUGAGCCUGUUCGGCGUGCUGGUCAUCACAGCGCCGUAUCUACCCGUAGCGCUGUGUGGGUUCAGUUGGGUGUUGACAGGAAGUGCCACGGCGGUUAAGGGGGAUCUGUUGGGCGUUGGAGUGGGACAUGUCUAUUACUUCUUCGCGGAUGUGUGGCCAAAGGAGGUGGGGUCUGGUGGCAGGGAGCUACUGGGGACGCCGCAGUGGUUGUGA